GUAUAUGAUGACACCCGUAUCCUCAAAAUCCGUGUCGUCAAGUCAUGCAAUGUAACUCGCCAAGACAAAAAUCUGACGGUUUCAAACCUCCAACAUAGCAUACACCAAGCCACACCGUAUCACAUCCACCUCCGCGAGAAACAGCCAAAACGUUCAGUCACUGAACAGACACCCAGAAAGCAGCAGGAUCGGCAGUGGUAGGGGUAACUGGUCAGCACUUCAGCAGCCAAAACAAACCCACACGGCAAACGAACAAGCAAAGCCAGAAACUAAGACACCGCCCCUCUUUAUUUUUUUCUUUGAGUUCAAAAUAAAAAGUGGGAUUAGGGUUGUUCUGGGUUACUUUUUUUAUUUUCGGUUCAGGUAAAGAGUUGAGAGAGUGGGGGGAAAAUGGUGAACCCAAGAUGUUAUUUGGACAUAAGUAUAGGAGGAGAACUAGAAGGAAGAAUAGUGGUGGAGUUAUACAAGGAUAUUGUGCCUAAAACUGCUGAAAAUUUCAGGGCUUUGUGUACUGGUGAGAAAGGCAUUGGACCUAACACUGCUGCUUCCCUGCAUUACAAGGGUGUGCGGUUUCAUCGCAUUAUCAGAGGUUUUAUGAUACAAGGUGGGGAUAUAUCAGCUGGUGAUGGAACUGGAGGAGAAUCCAUUUAUGGCUUGAAAUUUGAAGAUGAAAACUUUGAGUUAAAACAUGAAAGAAAAGGAAUGUUAUCAAUGGCUAAUAUGGGGCCUAACACCAAUGGAUCUCAAUUCUUUAUUACAACUACUCGAACCUCUUAUCUUGAUGGAAGACAUGUGGUUUUUGGGAAGGUUAUAAAAGGAAUGGGUGUUGUUCGUUCUAUCGAGCAUGUUGCCACUGAGGACGGUGAUUAUCCCACUCAAGAGGUUAUAAUAGCAGAUUGUGGAGAAAUUCCUGAAGGGGCAGAUGAUGGAAUAUCUAACUUUUUUAACGAUGGUGAUAUAUAUCCUGAUUGGCCAGCUGACCUUGACAAAAAACCAGAUGAAAUUUCUUGGUGGAUGAAGGCAGUAAACUCUAUCAAAGCUUUUGGAAAUGAACAAUACAAGAAGCAAGACUAUAAGAUUGCUCUUAGAAAAUAUUGGAAGGCUUUGCGCUACUUGGAUGUCUGCUGGGAGCAGGAGGGCAUUGAUGAAGAGAAGAUCUCCUCUUUGCGGAAGAUCAAGUCUCAGAUAUUUACAAAUAGUUCUGCCUGCAAGUUGAAGCUAGGUGAUCUAAAAGGAGCACUGUUGGACACAGACUUUGCAAUUCGUGAUGUGGAAGAUAAUGUGAAAGCCUUUUUUCGCCAAGGCCAGGCAUAUAUGGCACUGAAUGACAUAGAUGCUGCAGUUGAGAGCUUUAAAAAGGCACUGAACUUAGAGCCAAAUGAUGGUGGAAUAAAAAAAGAGCUGGUAGCUGCCAGGAAGAAGAUUGCUGAUAGACAAGACCAGGAGAAAAAGGCAUACUCUAGAAUGUUUCAGUAGAUUGUAGCCAAAAUUAUGGAGAAAUCAGGCUUUGGUGUAGGAAAAAACUUGCUAUAUCUCUUUUCAGGAAAUUCUCAAACAUGAAUGAAUGUUAAUGCAGAAUUGUCUUUUCUUCCUUUGGAUUUCUGGUCAAGCAGAUGUGACAUUUUAUUCCCAGCAGAAACUGUAUUUUUGCUUACAUGUCUGUUUGAGCUUAUCUGAACAGUCUGUUUAUGCGCAGAAGACAACUUUUUUUAUUUGAUGCAAAAUGGAUUCUUUCUUUUUCA